UUAACACCUCUCUCUCUCUCUCUCUCUCUCUAUUUAAGAGACUUCACUGUCUCUCUGAGUCUUUUAACGCAAAACAACUUUUGUGGGGGAGAGAAAGCGAGAUAACACACACACACACACACACAGAUAUACAUCUUCAAUAGUUAAGAGUUUUCUAUAUACAGAAGAAGUGGGUGUGAGAGAGAGAAGACAGAUACAAAAAGUUUAACAUCUUCCCCUCUCUCUCUCUUUCUCUGGUGGCUUCUCUUUUUCCUUUGGGUUUAGUGCAAAAGAGAUGCAACAGCACCUGAUGCAGAUGCAGCCCAUGAUGGCUGGUUACUACCCCAGCAAUGUCACCUCUGAUCAUAUCCAGCAGUACUUGGAUGAGAACAAGUCUUUGAUUCUGAAGAUAGUUGAGUCUCAAAACUCAGGAAAGCUCAGCGAGUGUGCCGAGAAUCAGGCAAGGCUUCAACGCAACCUCAUGUACUUGGCUGCAAUAGCAGAUUCUCAGCCUCAACCUCCAAGCGUGCAUAGCCAGUAUGGAUCUGCUGGUGGUGGGUUGAUUCAGGGAGAAGGAGCGUCACACUAUUUGCAGCAGCAACAGGCGACUCAACAGCAGCAGAUGACUCAGCAGUCUCUUAUGGCAGCUCGUUCUUCAAUGAUGUAUCAGCAGCAGCAACAGCCUUAUGCAACGCUUCAGCAUCAGCAGUUGCACCAUAGCCAGCUUGGGAUGAGCUCUAGCAGCGGAGGAGGAAGCAGUGGUCUCCAUAUCCUUCAGGGAGAGGCUGGUGGGUUUCAUGAAUUUGGCCGUGGGAAGCCGGAGAUGGGAAGUGGUGAAGGCAGGGGUGGAAGCUCAGGGGAUGGUGGAGAAACACUCUACUUGAAGUCAUCAGAUGAUGGGAACUGAAAGAGUGUUGCACAAGUAAGGUCCAGUGAAGAAGCAGCAGCAGAAGUAGUAGUAGUAAGAGUCUGAAGUUUGUUUGUUUUGGUUUAGUUGCUUGUUGAAGAAGCAAAGAACUUGUUUAUUUUAUUUCUAUGUUUGUUCCCUAAAAAUAUGAACUCUUA